AUGGAUGUGUUACUAUAUGUUUACGAUCUGUCCAAGGGAGUCGCCCGGGAUCUUUCUCUCUCAUUGACGGGAGUGCAGAUAGACGCCAUAUACCAUACAUCGCUUGUUUUCGAUGGAACUGAAUAUUUCUUCGGAAGAGGCAUCCAGCAAGCCGUUCCGGGGUCUACUCACCAUGGCCAGCCGAUGGAGACUAUCAACCUUGGGCGUACUGAUCUCCCUAUGGACGUGAUAGCAGAGUAUAUGCAGUCUCUGUCAGAGGUCUAUCAUGAGAGCUCCUAUGAUCUGUUUCUCCGGAACUGCAACAACUUCACCCACGACUUAUCCACAUUCCUGGUUGGCAAAGGUAUUCCAGAGCAUAUCCGAAAUCUUCCCGAGACCUUUCUCAACACCCCUUUUGGUCAAAUGAUGAGGCCGUAUAUUGAUGGUAUGCUCCGUGAAGCUACACAAGGGCCUGAUGUUCAGCCUACACGUCCAUCUUUGCCUCCAACGACAGCUCUACCAGCAAGUUAUAGGGCUCCUCAGCCACCAAAGGGCCAAGUGCGUAAUGUCUCAACGCUUAGAGAGGUCGAAAAUUUACUUGCUUCAGCAAAAUCUUCAUGUGCCGUUAUAUUCUUCACCUCUGCCACCUGUCCCCCCUGCCGAAUGGUGUACCCAACCUAUGACCAGCUGGCAGAGGAGGCAGGCGACAAGGCAGUGCUGAUCAAGGUGGAUAUCAGUCGGGCAUACGAUGUUUCUUCGCAUUACCAAGUGAGGGCAACACCAACCUUUAUUACCUAUCUCAAAGGAGAACGGGAGAGGCGGUGGUCUGGUGCAGAUGCAGCAGAGCUCCAGGCAAAUCUUAGAACGCCAUAUCGACCAAUACAUAUGCUACAAGAAGGUUCCUCCGCUGGCAUCAUUGGUACAAAAGAUUGGCCCAGCUUCUAA